CCAGGCCUUGACUUACCCGCACCUCACUUUCUCCGAUCGUGACUGAGCCGGCUAGGAGGGCUGGGGUGGGAGAUGACUGUGAAUUCCUCCCUGCUUGACCCACCGCACGCACCGAUUCCCUUCUCCUCGCGGCCCCGGGGCUGCAGACGUAGCAGUUGUUUACAGUUUCAGUGGGUCCAUGAUGUUAUCUGAAUCACCUAUGCAGUGACCAGAAGUGGCUUGUGUGUAACAUUUCCCGACUCCAGGACCUGGAAAAUGGCAAAGAAUAUUGAAAUCAGCCAACAUGCCAAGUACACUUGCUCCUUCUGUGGCAAAAUCAAGGUGGAGCCAUUGGAGAUCUGGCACUGUGGUUCCUGCAUGAAAACGAUAUCUGACUGGUGUUGGAAGGUGAAAGAAAAUGAAUUCUUUUUCUGAUUUACCUGCAGAGAACUUAACCUUGGCAUCCAAUAUGACCAAGACAUUGUCUUCAACAGUAACAUAUGGAUUUAAUUCCACUGGUGACCCACCUUCUAUGUCAAUAACAAGGCUUUUUCCAGCCUUACUAGAAUGCUUUGGCAUAGUCCUUUGUGGCUACAUAGCAGGAAGGGCCAAUGUCAUAACAUCAACACAAGCCAAAGGAUUGGGAAAUUUUGUCUCCAGAUUUGCACUUCCAGCUUUGUUAUUUAAAAACAUGGUUGUGCUUAAUUUUUCCAAUGUAGAUUGGUCUUUUCUAUAUAGUAUUUUAAUUGCCAAAGCUUCUGUAUUUUUCAUUGUAUGUGUAUUGACCUUAUUGGUCGCCAGUCCUGACAGUCGAUUUAGAAAAGCUGGACUAUUCCCUAUAUUUGCUACACAAAGUAAUGACUUUGCGUUGGGAUAUCCAAUAGUUGAAGCUUUGUAUCAAACUACAUAUCCAGAAUAUCUUCAGUAUAUUUAUUUGGUGGCACCAGUAUCUCUUAUGAUGUUAAACCCUAUAGGGUUUAUCUUCUGUGAAAUCCAGAAGUGGAAAGACACUCAAAAUGCUUCUCAAAACAAAGUAAAAAUCGUGGGACUUGGACUUCUACGUGUAUUGCAGAACCCAAUAGUAUUUAUGGUUUUCAUUGGCAUAGCCUUCAAUUUUAUUCUUGAUCAAAAGGUGCCCGUAUAUAUGGAAAAUUUUCUUGACGGACUUGCAAAUUCUUUUUCUGGAUCAGCCCUAUUUUAUCUUGGUCUUACAAUGGUAGGAAAAAUAAAGAAACUAAAGAAGUCAACAUUUGUUGUCCUGAUUCUUCUCAUCACAGCAAAACUCCUGGUGCUGCCACUUCUAUGCAGAGAAAUGGUGGAACUCUUGGACAAGGGCGACAGUGUAGUGAACCAUACAAGUUUAUCGAAUUAUGCAUUCUUGUAUGGUGUCUUUCCUGUAGCACCAGGAGUGGCUAUCUUUGCAACACAGUUCAACAUGGAAGUAGAGAUUAUAACCUCAGGGAUGGUAAUAAGCACAUUUGUGUCUGCUCCAAUCAUGUACGUUUCUGCCUGGUUACUGACCUUCCCCACUAUGGACCCUAAGCCAUUGGCAUAUGCCAUCCAGAAUGUUAGUUUUGAUAUAAGUAUUAUCAGCCUGGUCUCCUUGAUCUGGUCUUUGGCUAUCCUUCUUUUGAGUAAGAAAUACAAACAGCUUCCACAUAUGCUUACAACCAAUUUACUUAUUGCGCAGUCUAUUGUCUGUGCUGGAAUGAUGAUAUGGAAUUUUGUUAAAGAAAAAAAUUUUGUUGGACAAAUCCUGGUGUUUGUUCUAUUGUACAGCUCCCUCUAUAGCACCUACCUGUGGACAGGGCUUCUAGCAAUUUCUUUGUUUCUUUUGAAAAAGAGAGAGAGGGUGCAAAUUCCUGUUGGAAUCAUCAUAAUAUCUGGCUGGGGAAUUCCUGCUCUCCUUGUUGGUGUUCUUUUGAUAACAGGGAAACAUGAUGGAGAGAGCAUUGACUCGGCUUUUUUUUAUGGGAAAGAGCAGAUGAUCAUCACAGCCGUCACCCUGUUCUGCAGCAUUGUUAUAGCUGGUGUGUCACUCAUGUGCAUGAACCGUACCACCCAGGCAGGAAGCUAUGAAGGAUUUGACCAGUCUCAGAACCACAAAGUAGCAGAGCCUGGAAACACUGCUUUUGAGGAGAGUCCUGUGCCAAUAAGCGAACCUGAACCUUUUACAAGUUCUAUCCCAGAAACAAGCUGCUGCUCCUGUUCCAUGGGAAAUGGUGAGCUGUGCUGCCCAUCCGCAGAGCCAGCAGCAAACACAAGCACCAGUGGGUCGUUGAAUCCUUCCUUUGAGAAAAAUGAUCAUUGUGUGAGUCGCUGUAACUCCCAGAGCUGUAUAUUAGCCCAGGAAGAAGAACAGUAUCUACAGAGUGGAGACCAACAACUGACUCGACAUGUGUUGCUGUGUUUACUUCUCAUUAUUGGCCUGUUUGCUAAUCUUUCCAGUUGUUUAUGGUGGCUGUUCAACCAAGAGCCUGGAAGACUAUAUGUUGAGUUACAGUUUUUCUGUGCUGUAUUUAACUUUGGCCAGGGAUUUAUUUCCUUUGGAAUCUUUGGAUUGGACAAACAUUUAAUCAUCCUACCUUUUAAAAGAAGACUUGAAUUCCUAUGGACCAGUAAAGAAACAGCAGAAAAUAGGAAUUCUCCUGUUCCAGAGGAAAUAAAAAUGACUUGUCAACAAUUUAUCCACUAUCAUCGUGACCUCUGUAUCCAGAAUAUUGUCAAGGAAAGAAGGUGUGGUGCAAAGACUUCUGCUGGGACCUUCUGUGGCUGUGAUCUGGUGAACUGGCUAAUUGAAGUUGGCCUUGCCUCCGACCGUGGUGAAGCUGUCAUAUAUGGAGAUAGACUGAUGCAAGGGGGAGUCAUCCAACAUAUCACCAAUGAAUAUGAAUUUCGGGAUGAGUACUUGUUUUACAGAUUCCUUCAAAAGAGUCCUGAACGGAGUCCUCCUGUUGUUCAUGCAAACUCUCCCCAGCAAGAAAGAUAUAAAGAUAUUGAGCAUUCAUAUCCAUCUCCUAAGACCUAAAUUAUGAAGGAAAGAAACACAUAGGGAAUCUUAUUCUAGCCCUAGAUCUGUUACAUCUCAAUCUCUCUGAGCCUCAGUCACCUCUUCUAUAAAAUUUGAUGUGUUUCCACCCCAUGAUAACACUACGUGACUUUAUAUUAUGUAACUGACUUAGCAAAAAAGAGAAAACUGAACCACAAUUUAAAGUUCUGAUAAUGAAUAUAAUUACUGUUAAUUAAUUACGCCAAGAUAUUGAAACAUUUCUUCCAACAAUUUUUCGCAAUAAUUUUAAAACCAACAUCCAAUUUCUUUUUACUUUAAAUUGCCAAAUUUGGGUAGAUGUCCUGCUGGUUGGAAUGGAUCUUAAAUUAUGAUAGCAUUUGCACUUAUUGAUGGCACCUCCUAAAGAAUUUUAAUGAUCCUAAUAAGAAGCCUUAUUAUUCUAUUUUUCUCAUUUCCUUGACAAAAAGCACUCAUUAAAAACUUGAAGCACUAUUUUUAAAACUCAUCUUUUCUUGCUUUUCUAUCCAAAGUACUAAUCUGUGCCAUUAAAAGAAUAAGAACCUCCAUAAAUAUUACUGUCUGCAAAUCCAUCAACUAAAGUAUAGUCCAAUCUUUAACUUUUGAACUACGGAUAAUUUGAACAGAUACAUUUAAAUUUUAUCAAUAAAAUUAUUGCCAUGUGAUGUAUCAUUUCUGAUGUUUGUACAAAGUAUCAUAGUGCAAAGAUAACCCUAUUAAUGUAUUCCCUGCAAUUAAAAAGAAAAAUACUCAUGUAUAAAAAUCUAUAAACUUGAAUAUUACUAAAUAUUGCCCUCAUAAAUUUUAUCUUUAAUAAGCUAAAAAGAGAUUUAUAUGACCUUUGAAACUUCGUUUAACUACUAGGUGUCCGUGAUGACUUAACUUAUUUAAAACAUGUUUCAAAUAUUUGUCUCAUUUUUAGUGUCUCAUAUGUAUAAACCAUUUAGAAAAUAAUUUAUAGUUAGGUGAUUCCCCUUUUAAUGCAAAAAAAAAAAAAAACUUGCAUGGAAACCUACUUCACUUAACAAGCAAAUUACACUUUAGUGUAUACAAUUAACUUAUACCAAUUUUAAGUUACAAUUAGAGAAUGGGGAUGUUUUUCAGGAGAACUGUCUUGCUAUUAAAUUUUUUUAAUAUGAACACUUUGUAACUGAAUUCUCAGGAGUAAGGAUAAAGCAUAAAACAUAACUGCUGUACCAGAUUUUUAUGGCUACAGCAAUUGAGAUAUUAAUUCACACGCAUGCAGGCAACUCAAACUCAAGUGGAAAAUUUGUUUUGUUUGUGAACAAGUCAUACCACACGUUAUUUGCAUGAUAGGAAUCUGCAGCAUCUUUUUCCUUGGAAGACACUAAAAGAAAAUCCUGGAUCAGAAUGAUCUGCAGUUUCAGAUAAUAAAGGUUUUUAAGAUGUUUUAGAAUGAAGGAUAUGCGAAUUUUAUUAUAUAAAAAUAUUUGUAACUUUUACUCCACACUGACAAGGUUCUCAAUAAAAUACCUAUUUUAA